AUGACUACCCAGGCUGAGGUGCGAUCUCGCCGCGACUCAUGGCCGCCGACUCAGGUGCGCCUUGAGCCUACUCGUUCUACCAAGAGCAACCCGCUUCCAUCUCUGGAUGAUAUCGACGACGACCCUCUUACCUACUUUCUCACACCAACUCCUCUUCUCGACGGCGGCGACGACGAAGAGUACUUUGACGAUGCCUUGUUCGACUUUGACGCCGGUAUUGAGGAUGCCAGUGCCCCUCGACUAUUUGUUCGCAGUGUAAGCCCAUCUACUCUCGAUGGACUGCGCAAGCCUGGCCUUCGACCCAUGUCUCCCGACAGCAGCUCUGAGAUCUCAGAGUCCAACAAUGAAGACGACGACGAUGACGAUGAGGAAGACUACAUCAGCUUCUCCCCUAACAAGCACGGUCUGCUCUCUCUCCGGGAUCUCUUCACCAACAGCCGCACAUCAUCACGCCCCAAGAAGCCUGCUUUCAACAAGUCGACCAACAACGCUCUUCUCUCGCCAGUUGCUCUCUCAAGUAGCCCCAAGCUCCGCGGCAGAUCAAGGGGACGUGGUCGUCAUGGUGCCAGCUCUCGAGGACACUCAGCAACACGUCGACCGGGACACUUAUGGCGGGAGCCAAGCCCAGAUGUAUGGUCCAUCGAGGAAGAGACCGAAGAGGAGAUGAUGAGUGAGAUUGGAAGCAGCGUUGGUGCCCACAGUGACACUAGCGACGAUGAUGAUGUUGAGGGUGAGAAGCGAAAGGGGAAGAAGACAAAGUCGAUCAAGAAGGUUCGCUUUGUGCUGCCUGGUGAGGUGGUUUAA